AUGCCGUUACGACCGUUAGUCUUGGCGGUGCCCGUGCUCCUGGCAUGCCUCUGGCCGGGCACGCGUGCGGCGCUGGGCGAGGGCGUGGGCGCCCCGGGCGUGCCCGGCGCCGCGGGCGGCCGCGGCCGCGUCGCUUGCUACUUUCGCUCGUGGGCGGGCAGCCUGCCCGAGGACGGUUUCAAGGCCGAGGACGUCCCCGGCGACCUGUGCACGCACGUGCUCUACAGCUUUGCGGGCGUCGACAACAACACGUGGGAGCUGUUGGACUUGGACCUUGAGGUGGCGGAGUUCCAGGACGGCUACCGCAACUUGACGGCGCUGAAGAAGCGCUACCCCCACCUCAAGACGCUGCUGUCGGUGGGCGGGUGGGCGGAGGGCGGCAAGAAGUACUCGGACCUCGUGUCGCGCCCCGAGCGCCGCUGCGCCUUCAUCGAGAGCGUCGUGCAGCAGAAUGGUUGGACGGAUCUAGCUAACAUUCAUUAUUACACUGAUACAGAAUCGAAUUUACCGGAAAAUUGGACUGAUUCCUCUGCUUUGAGCCCCGAGCGAAGACAACUCAAUGCUUCAUGUUUAUUUGUUAUUCGUUAA